CCUGAUGAGCCACUUGGCUUAUUUGCAGAUGGUCAGCUUGUGUAAAUUGCUAUCCAGAGGUCUGCUGUGACUUCUUGCUGGAUUUGUUUUUUGUUAGCUCGUAGUUAAUCUUUUGGGUCCUGUGUAUAACCAACCUGUAGGUUUUGCCUUCUGGAAGUUGGGGUUUAUGUUUGAUGUGGAUUGUUGAAUUGUGAUUUUAAGUGGAACAUGUGAUAGAAAUCUCCCAUUAGUUAAACAAAGUAUUUAUAACUUUUUUUUCAUACUUUACAGGGAAGAUAUGUAUGCCCAAGAUUCAAUAGAUUUACUCAAUCGAGCAGGGAUUCAGUUUAAAAGACAUGAAGAAGAAGGAAUUGAUGUUGGUGACUUUGCAGAGCUGCUUAUAACAUCAGGACUUGUACUUAAUGAAGAUGUAAAAUGGUUAUCAUUUCACAGGUGUUUGUGAUACUGUUUGACAGUUCCUUUCCGUCAAGCAUCUUCUCCAUUCUUGUCCUGUACUGUUCUUCAUGCAUGUUUUAUGCUUCUAAUAACUAAGGAGAAUUGGUUGAAGGUUGAUGAAUUUUCUCUUACCAGCCUGGAGCAGUCAUGCAGGCCUACCAGGCCCCUUUUUAACAAUAUUUUCUUUAUCUCAGCCAACAUUGCUUGCAUGUUCGACAGCUGAUAUUAUUUACUAGCCCGAUGGUUUACUCUGCUAGCCUUAGGCUAUUUGACAAAAACUUUGUUGUGUCCUGACCACACCUUGGUUACCAUAUAUUGCUUAGUUGUUGCUACUGAAGCGCAGCAGCCUAUUAAUAUUCUCCUACAAGACUUACAUGUAGUUAUACAGACACUUUUUCUAAUGUCAGUUAAUUCUUUUCUUUUGUUUUCUAGUGGUUAUGAUUUUGCUUACCUUUUGAAAGUCCUGACAGCACAAAACCUGCCUAGUGAGGAAUCAGAAUUCUUUGAUCUCCUUAAGCUAUAUUUUCCAAAUAUUUAUGACGUAAAGUACUUAAUGAAAAGUUGCAAAAGUCUUAAAGGUGGUCUACAGGAGGUGGCUGAACUACUGGAGGUAAGAAUCCAAAUAAAUAAAUCAUUUGAUGAAUCUAGGCAGAUGCCAAUUGUCUUGAUUAUUAUUUGAUUAAUUAUGGAGUUAAUCAUGAAACAAACACAAAAUAACAAAAGCAAAAGAAGUAAAGUAAAUGUUAUGUAACCGUUAACAAACUUUCUCUGUUAAAUUUAUUUGAAGCUUGAAAGAGUAGGACCCCAGCAUCAAGCCGGAAGUGAUAGUCUUUUAACAGGAAAUGCAUUUUUUAGAAUGAGAGAGGUAUGCAUCCAUUUUACCUGUUUUUUUUUAGUGAGUAAUAUGAUAUUAUUAAAUCAUUUUUCAAUUUGUCCUCACAAUGCACUUGAUUGUUUCUUCAAACAAAACAGGAUUUUUACAAGACAUUUUUGAAAUAUAUUACUACAGUCCUCAAAUUAAAUUAUCAAACAUACAUCACUGAAACGACGGAAAACAAAUGUCAAUCCCCAAAGCACUUUGUUUAAGGUCUAAUUGAUUGUAGUAGAUCAUGUUUAGUCGUAAAGAUCCAGAGAUAAUGAUUAUAUUAAAGAGAUCUUAUGAUUUGCAUUUCUUUUAACAAAACAUGAAAACCUUUUAAAACUAUUGAAUUAUUGAAAGUGCGUUUUUGAAUUUCCCCACAACCUGAUUGGCCAAUUGAACAAUGGCUUUUCUAUUGGGCCAAACAUUGCUCGUACUCAAAUUCUGAUAGACAACAGGAGGCCCAAAGCAAGGAUUUCAGCACUGGCUCGCAGAAGGACUUUAACAGAGGUUUAGUUUCAUCUGAAGAUCACAGUUAUUUUCUUACAAAUAGUUAUGGUGAGUCCUGGGACUCAUCUUGUGAAAAAUCAUGAGUCCCUAUCCACAACCAAUGCAUCCCAGUUAAAAAAAAAACAGCAAAAAAACAAAAACAAAAACAAGCUUGGGCCUUUCUGUAACCAGACAGUUAAUCUGGAGACAGACUCCAAAACUCUUUAUUACAGUUUACUGAAUUUAAAAUAUAGUCCUUCUUUUUAUUUAAAGCACAAAAAAGACUAAAAUAAAUAAUUAUGCGUCUUUAAACAACAGCCACAGUCAUCACACCAAGAGGAUAUUCUACCAAAAAAUCUUCAAAUUGAUUGAUCAUUCACUGCAUCCUAUGGGACGCAUGCCAUGAAUUAUUUUGCGUCUUUGGGGAUUUUUAUGUGUCAGGGAUGCGGACGCAGAGGUAACAAAAUCACUGGGUUCAUGCUAAGUUGGCAUAAUAUUAAUAAUAUUAUUGUUGUUUCCAUUCCGUAGAUGUUUUUUGAAGACAAUAUAGAUGAUGCAAAAUACUGUGGACACCUUUAUGGGCUAGGGACUUCAUAUGUAAAUGGCGGACAGGCCUACAGUGGACCUACAUCUAACAGCAACAACAAUUCUUCCUGA